AUGAGCUAUCAAGGGUCUUCAUCAAUUAGUAAUGGGAGAAGAUAUGAUGAUGUAAGAAAAAUUCCAAUUCCUUCAAAAUACCACAAAAGUAGUAAAAAAGACGGAAAAGAAGAAUCAAGACAUUCAACCAAUUUAAAUUAUUUACACGGAGGAAGCAAUUCUACUUCUACCCAAAAACCAAAUUCUUCAUCUUCGUUAGGUUUUGAAUCUCGAAAUGAGUCUUUAAGUUUACAACUCGCUGCUGCUCAAUCUCAAGUAAUUCGUUUGGAGACUGAACUUUCAAAUACAAAUACUGCUAAAUCUUAUGCGGAAAGUAGACUUUUGACAUUACAAAGGGAAUAUAAUGCUGUUGUUAAAAGGAAUGCUGAAAUUGUUGAGGUAAUGAAAACAUUAGAAAUUGGAGUAGAAACACUUCAACAAGAAAAAGUUGCUUUAGUUUCUGAAAGAGAUGAAUUAAAAGCAAAGUUGGAUGCUUCAGAAAAUAAUUCGAGAAUGUUAAGUGAACAAGUGACGUUUUUAAAUGAAAGAAAUUCUACACUUUCUAAAAAAUGUGUUGAUUUACUUGAUGGAUCUAAAGAAUUUCGAGAAAAAGCUACAAUUUAUGAAGAUGAAUUAAAACGAAUUAAACCUCGUUAUGAAGAAAUGGAGGCUAAUUUUGAUGCAAUAAAUGAAAAGAAUAGAAAUUAUGCAACAAGAAUUAAUAUGUUUGAAAUGAGGGAGCGUAUUUGGAUUAAAGAAAAAACAGAAAUGGAAGAAAGGCAAAAACAAAAUGCUGAAAAUUGGCAAAAAAUAAUUGCUGACAUUCGGGCAAAACACGAAACAGAAAUAACAAAAAUUAGACAACAACAACAACAGCAGCAACAGCCAAUGGUUAUGGGGAUUUCGAAAGCAGAAAAGGAUAACGUGGAUAGACAUUCUACUGAUCUUCGACUUUUACUUGAUUCAAUAAGAAAAUUUCACAACUCCGAGGUCGAAAAUUUCUCAAAGAAAAUUGAACACUUGGAGAAAAUUGCUGCAAACAAGAAACAUCCAUCAUCCCAAAUUAAACAAGAUUAUGACGAUAGUAUAUUAGAUGAUGACGAUGAUGUUGUUGUUUUACUAAAUAGUAAUACUUCUAUUAAUAAGAGUAUUACCAAUACUGAACCAAUUAUCAAUACAGGCCAACAACCAGCCAGUAUUGGUAUUAAUAAUGUUAAGGAAGAGGGGGAAAAGGAAACAUAA